UAGCACCCCUAACUUCAUUGUGCAAAAUUAGGUAUCUAUCCCCUUCUAACAUCAAAUGGUAUAAUUAGGGAUUUGGUUAAUUCCACCCGGCCCGAAAGUAAACCCACCAAGACGAUAUCAACCCCUUUCAGACGUAUAGGGUUUUAACUCCUUUUUUCAAACUCGGGGAUAAUUGGCCCCUUUUACAGAUUUUUGAGAGAAAAUUUUGCAAGUGAAAAAGGAUAACACAGUUAUCGAUUGGGUGUUGAUUGAGAAAAAUGCCAACUUUAACGAAGUUAUUCACCAUGGAAGAAGCAUCUCAGCACAACACUAAGGAUGAUUGUUGGGUCGUUAUUGACGGCAAGGUAUAUGAUGUUUCAUCUUAUUUGGACGAACAUCCAGGGGGAGAUGAUGUUCUACUUGGUGCUACAGGACAAGAUGCCACUGAUGAAUUUGAAGAUGCUGGACAUAGCAAAAGUGCGAGGGAACUUAUGGAGAAAUUCUUCAUUGGGGAGCUUGAUUCAACAUCCCCUUCCAUCCCGGAACUUGAGAUUGUCAAGAAGGCGGGCAAAGAUACUCCUCAGAAGUUUAUGGAAGUUACUAAGAAAUAUUGGUUCGUUCCAGUUGCAGUUGUUGGCAUCUCUGUGGUGGUCGGCUUCUUGUACACACGCAAGAAGUAAAAAUCAGUUGGAUAUGUUCCAUCUUGGAUGUUAGUAGUGUUGUGCAACAUAGAUUGAAAAAAGUAUUCAUCAUAUCUUUGGAGAGGUCCAGGAAUUUGGGACAUGAUUGCUGAAUGCUCAUUUUUGUUACUGUUUGAGAUGACAGGAAAUUUUCAACACCAAAUGAUCACAAAUAGGCAUUUUAAAUUUUCAAUACACAAUUGCUGUCAUUUUAUUUAUUGAUAAGAGUUUUCACUUAUUACCUUUCUGAGGAUAUAUAAUAAAUCACUCAGAAAGGACAUCUUA